AUGUCUAACUGGGCGGCUACCAUAGCCAUAAGGGCUAGACUUGAAGGUGAGGUGGUGCCGCCGUGCCAGCUUCAGACGGCCGGCAGGGCGGAUGAGAAGAGCGAGUGGGGGAAGGACAGGAUCUGUCCGGCUGCUCACGUCGCAAGAGGGGAGACCCACGACUACGGGCUUGCGGAAUGGUAUUUCGUGACCACGUGGGGUGAUCCGAAGAUGCGGUCGUUGAGGGGAUGGGCGCAUCCGAAGGCCAAGGGGUACUUGGUCCUGGAGCCCAGGCACCUCAGGUGGGAGGAGUAUCGGGAGUCCAUCCGGACGGCGAGGGGAGGUAAGUUCAGGGAAGACCUGGUCAUGCGGAUCCCCAACUAUGAUAGACCUGUGCCGGUCGGUACCUCGAUCGACUGGGAGAGGGGCAUGGCGGAUCUCGUCAUUCAUCACACUGACUCGGAACAGUCAUGGUGCCGGGCGCGGACACCGUUGGUGGUGGUGUGCACGAGGGCAGAGUACAAAAUCCUUGUACAGCACGGCUGGGAGGCCGUGGAGAAGAGGUAUAAGAAGGAAUCAGCACGCAGGAGGCCUGCCGAGUUGGAGGAGGUGGCUAUGGCUGACAUGGCUGCCGAGGUGGAGGUGACUGAGACGCAGCAGGAGCUGUCGAAAGAGAUGGACGUGGACGAGGUAGCCUACCCGCCAGAUGAGGCGGGGAUGCCGGACCCCUUGGCAGAGAUGGACGUAGACGAGGCAGUGUGGCUGCCAGAUGAGGUGGGGAUGCUGCCGGACGUAGACAUGACGGAUGACGAGGCAGUGUGCCCGCCAGGCGAGGCGGAGAUGCUGCCAGACGUAGACAUGACGGAUGGACCCGAGCAGGUUCCUCCUGAAGGCACCACGGACGAGAUCGCCGGGAGGCCCGGUGACCCAGUCGUGGUAGCCAAGGACGAGGGCCAAGCAUGGCGCAUAAACAUCGCUCUCAGAGUCGAGGAGGGGUGUAGCCAGACCGACCUGGCGGUUGAUAUACAGGUCGGCUGCGAAGGUGUCACACCCGGAAGGUAUUAG